CGCGGGAGGGGGAGGAGAACUGACGUCAGCGGGAGAGUAUUAUGGUCUGUCGUGCGCUGGCUGCUGCUUUUCUGCUCCUGGAAGCGGCCAAGGGGGGAAGCGGCGAGUCAACAUGGAGCUUUCAGCGGUGGGGGAGCGGGUGUUCGCGGCCGAAGCCCUCCUGAAGCGGCGCAUACGGAAAGGACGCAUGGAAUACCUCGUGAAAUGGAAGGGCUGGUCGCAGAAGUACAGCACAUGGGAACCCGAAGAAAACAUCCUGGAUGCUCGCCUGCUCGCAGCCUUUGAGGAAAGGGAACGGGAGAUGGAGCUCUAUGGCCCCAAAAAGCGAGGACCCAAACCCAAAACCUUCCUUCUCAAGGCCCAGGCCAAAGCAAAGGCCAAAACUUACGAGUUCCGGAGUGACUCGGCCCGGGGCAUCCGGAUCCCCUACCCUGGACGCUCGCCCCAGGACCUGGCCUCUACAUCCCGGGCACGUGAGGGCCUUCGGAACAUGGGUCUGUCCCCGCCGGGAAGCAGCAGCAGCACCAGCAGCACCUGCCGAGUGGAGCCCCCUCGGGACCGGGACCGAGAACGGGAGAGGGAACGCGAGCGUGAGCGGGAACGAGAGAGGGAGCGGGAGCGUGAGCGGGGUACCAGCCGCACGGAUGACAAGCCCAGCUCGCCGGGAGACAGCUCCAAGAAGCGAGGCCCCAAGCCCCGGAAGGAGCUCCUGGACCCCUCGCAGAGGCCCUUGGGAGAACCCAGUGAUGGCCUCGGAGAUUACCUCAAGGGCAGGAAGCUGGACGAGGCCCCUUCCGGGGCAGGAAAGUUCCCAGCUGGCCACAGCGUGAUCCAGCUGGCCCGGAGGCAGGACUCGGACCUGGCCCAGUGCGGUGUGGCCAGCCCCAGCCCAGCCGAGGCCACAGGCAAGCUGGCAGUGGACACCUUUCCGGCCAGGGUCAUAAAGCACAGGGCGACCUUCCUGGAGGCCAGAGGCCAGGGCACCCUGGACCCUGGUGGCCCUCGGGUCCGGCAUGGCUCAGGCACUCCUGGCUCUGUGGGCGGCUUGUAUCGGGACAUGGGGGCCCAGGGGGGAAGGCCCUCCCUCAUCGCCAGGAUCCCAGUGGCCAGAAUCCUGGGGGACCCAGAGGAGGAAUCCUGGAGUCCCUCUCUGACCAACUUGGAGAAGGUGGUGGUCACCGACGUGACCUCAAACUUUUUGACCGUCACCAUUAAGGAAAGUAACACGGACCAAGGCUUUUUUAAAGAGAAAAGAUGAAUUGCCGGGUGGGUGAUCGCAGGACAAGAGAGCAGGAGAGAGAGUGGGAGUGCAAACUUGGCCUAAUGCUUUUUAUUUCUGGGUGGGAGGCGGCCUUCCGGGCUGGCCCUGUCCCUAACUUCACAUACCCCAGUCCUUUCCAUUUCUCCUCCCUCCCCUCAGUUUUGGUUGGAAAGAUUAUCUCUAGAGUUAUAUUUUCUAUUAGAUGUAAAUAUGUUAUUUAAGAAAAAAUAUCUAAAUAUAUAUAUUUCAACUCUUGAAGUUGUUUUAUUUAAACAAGCAGAGAGAGAGAGAGAGAGAGACUCAGCGUGGUUUAGUUGGGGCAGACGGGCUGAGUCGCCGCCCCUCAGCCACCCAGAGCACUAAGGAGUUUGGGGACCUAGGUACUGGACUCUCUGAUCGUGUCUGGAGGGACUGGCCUACCCACCUCGCCCCUCCUCCCUUUUCCCACAGCCCCAAGGCAGACCCCUGGAACCAAGGCAGGACCCGGAUUUUUUCUCUCUUCCCAUUGGCCCACCAGGCCAACAAAAGAUUAGCUCCCCAAUCAGAAAAAAAGGGGGUGGGGUCAGUCUGUUUUGCCUUUUUUUUUUUUUUUAAGAUUAAGAAGUCUGUUGGGGGAAAAAAGUAUUAACUUGAAUAACUUUUGUGCGUGAUGUUGAAGGUAAAAAGUUAAGGAGUUGCAGGUGGUUGGGGAGCAGCAGAUUACCCCACCCCCACCCCCACCCCCGCCCCGGGGACCACACCAGGAAAUGCACUUUAAGGGAGAUGUGUGUGUUACACACGCAGAUCAGAUCGUGUGUAUGUAAUGUGGAUAAACUCUCCCAGUUCCCUCGAUUCCUUUCCUUACUCCACAGAAAGAAAAGAAACCCAGCGAAUCUGUUUACAUUCCCGAAAUGCCAGGAUAAAUUGGGAGGAUUGCAUGUCAGUGCCCAGAGUUCGAGACAGUUGUUUCACAGGAAAAGUGUUUGGGGGCGGACUUUUCCUUUUCGCGCACUCUAGCUUCGCCAGGAGAAGAGACGGUGGCCCCCACCUCCCAGGAAGAGUUGGACUAGCCUCACUCCCUCGGGGAGGGCGGGCCGCCGGCUCUCGGAUGGACGCACGGCCACACAGGCCCACCCUGCGGGACCCACGGAGGGAGGCGCGGCGGCGGGCCCGGCCGGGAGUGCGGUGCAGGGUCUGGGCUCGGGGCUCUAGGAGCCGGGCAGGACUCGCCUACCGGCGGCUCCGGCGGGCGAGGGGAAAGGAGGGGCGAGGCGAGGUUUUCAUCCAAGAAUGCGCAUCAGAACUUUUGCUUUUUCCUCCCCCCCCCCCCACUUCUUAAAAGCAAAAGCUAUAAUUUAUAGGCCUUUUCGAUUCGCGGAGUGUUCUCUAUUUGAACUCGACAUUCAGACUCCGCCAAAGGGGGCGGGAGGAGCGGGAGUUGAAAAGAGACGGCCCGCGGCGGGGGAGGCCGUGCGCGGCGGCGGGGCCCGGGGCGCCCCCGUGCGCUCCAGGGACGCAGGACGCGCGCCCCUCUUUUGACUCGAAAGCACAAAUCUGUCCUCCCCCCCCACACACCUCCGUCCCUUGGAGGGCUGAUCCUGCGGCCUCCCCGGCCUCCCCCGCACUUAAAGGGCUAGGGAGAUCUGACUGCCCCCCUGCUUGUCGAGGGAGAGCAGGGGGGCCCGGCGCACGGGAGGAAGCACAGACUCGGGACGAGAGAGGCAGGGGGCCGGAGCUGGGGGGAGCUUCUGGAUGGGGGUACGGAGUGGGCACGCCAGCCUUGUCCUCCGCACCCUCAUCUUCCCACCUCCCUCUCUCCCCCAGACUUUCUUGCCUUUAAAGAGAGGGGGGUUAAAAAAAAAAAAAGGAAAAAAAGGGGAAAACGGUGUACUACAUGAUUUUAUUUGUUUUUGAAUAUCAAAUUGCGCCUAUAAAGAGAAGCCCCUCGAAUGGGGAUUUUUAUGUGCUCACAUUUGUAAAACUGAUAUUUUAGACUUUGUAUAAAGAAGCGCCGUUGACCAAGUGUAUCUAUUUAAAUGUGGACGCUAUUUUCAGACGAAGCUUCUUCGAAGGGGCAUGUCUGUUACCCAGUGGACGGUAACUCGGGGACACGUGUCUUUACCUGGCUGCCGCCUUCCUUUUGUCCCUCGCCCUCUUGGCUCCCGUGUCCCUCCCUCGGGGCUGACUUUGCCCCUUCCCUCCGACGUUCCUUGGCCAGCCUGGUUCUGCUCCCGGAGCCCCCUCUGUCCGCCGUCUGUCCGUGGCCGUGCGUGUGUGUCUUCUCCGCUCGCUCUUGCGACGCUGACCUGGGGGGUGGGAGGGCGGGGGCCAGGGCCGCUUGGCUGGGAGUCUGCAACCGCGCGGGAUGUGCGCGCGUGUUGGGUUUAUUUAAUUCUAAGAUGUGUACAAAUCUCGAAUCGACCCCCGCCUCAGCUCUAGAGUGAAGCUUCGGUACCUAUCUUCUGCGGUCGUGAAUGUCUGUACCCAAUACCGCUUUCUACGUGUUUAAAUAUAUACUUUGUAAAUAGA